AUAUUAACCCUCAGUUCAGUUCAAGCGGCGCAUUGUGACGGUUGCCAUAUCUCCAAGUAUUAUAGUUUACUUCGCUGCAACAGUUGUGACUACAUUUUCUGAAUUAUAUCUGAUUGUGAAAACCUUCUUGUUUCGAGAAAUAUCAACAGCUGCUAGACGCGCUUUGUUAUAUUAUAAAUUUUUCUUUAGACCUGAAAAGAAAUUAUAAUGCUCGCUGGUCAGACUAUUGAGAUGCAAUCCGAAGAAACCCCUUUGGCUCUCCAGCGUCUCUGGAGCAUGACCCGGGCUCGUCUCGCUGGGACUUCUACUGCCACUGCGCUGGCCGAGGAACCAGCGCUCGUCGAAGAAACCCUAUCUUAUGUCCAGAAAGCGGAAGGAUCUACGAAAUCUUUGGUGCCCACAACCAGUGACUGUGAGAGUGAUGGUGAAGAUGUUAACAACGGAUUGGAAGUACCAGAGGUACAAGAAGCGCCAAGUCAACGCUACUGGGGUGACAGUUCGAGGGAUAAGGUGGUGUUGCUUGAUGCGAGUACUCUGGGAGAUGUGCCCGCGGUGUACCGUGUACCGCCACUGGCUCCGCACCAGUUGCCCGUAAUCGGGGUGUACAUCGACCCCCGUGUCAGGACCGGCUUCAGAUAUAAAGUCAGACCUAUGCAGGCUCUAGAUGCUGCCCCACUAUCGAUGAAGCCCAGAUAUUUGUUCGAUGGAAAAGCACUUACCCUGCAAUCAAUUGGUCGAGGCUUCGCAAGACGAAUCACCUUCGAGCCUCAUGACUGCACGCUGAAUGAGAAUAACAAUUAUUUCUGGACUGACUCCAGGCCAGAAGGAUUUGUUUUUGAAAUUGAAGCUGUUUCAAUUGGAGAUAAGUUUACUAUCUAUGAUGCCAACCAUGAACCUCAAGGGAUUUUGGAAGUUGUACAACAGCAGAAAAACCAAGUUGAAUUGGAUCAACAGAUUUGCGAUGACGGAGCAAUUGUUAAAAAAGUGAAAAUCAAUACACUGUGCAAAGUGGAGUGGUAUGAGAAUGAUGGUGCUACAAAACUAGUUCCAGUCACUGGUAUUGCUAUUUUGAAAAAAGGUCGAGGCAAAGCAUCUGUAGAGAGAGUGGUAAACGUAGCUAUUGGUAUCAAACAACUGAGGAAAGGAUACGAACUGAAGCCAGGCAUUGAGUCAUCGUCUAGAAGAAUUACAGUCAACGGCAACGAUAUUAAAGACAUUCCAUGCCAAUACUGCGUUGUUGGCCUCGAGAAAUACGAGCUUCCCGUUAUAGGAACAUACAUUGACCCACGUAUCAUCCCUGGCUUCCAUUACCGCGUGAGACCUGCUGGUAGCCGGCACCAUCUCUUCGAAGGCCGUAGUCUAUUACUGCAAUCUAUUGGCAUGGGUUACGGCAAACGUAUCACCUUCAAGUCCGAUAGCCUCAAUACUCCAGAACAUUACUUCUGGUCUGACUCACACCCAGAGGGAAUGGGCAUGGAGACUCGUGCCAUACAUCCUGGCAUGAAAUUCACUAUUACCGGAAAUGGGGGUCUACUCGGAGAAGCAAGCGUCUUCAGGGCUGAUUUACCACAAGUUGAAGAGAAGACAGUAUUUGUAGAUGUACCCAACAAACGCGGAAAGAUUGUAGAGAAAUACGUUCAUGUAGACGUCACUUGUCAUGUGAAACUGGCUACAACAGGUGGAGGCUCUGUGGACUCUGAAGUGCAUCUGAUGAAGGUGUCAGGAGUAGCACUAGUGCGCAAAGAGCCAGGAAAUUCUGUAGCAAAACUUGUUAAAGUAUUCAACGUGGGAUUGGACUCCCAGUUGAACUUAUUGUUCGCGCACUCACAGACACAGCUCAGCUUCCAUCCUCUUCCGUAAAUCGCUGUGAAUGACCUGAAUGGUAUUGCAACACUUACAGCAAUGCUGCUGGCAAAAUAGUGUUGUAAUACUAACAAAAAACACCUGGCACGCCAGAGGCUCCGUCAAACGUUAAUCGAUUUGGUCACGAGUUUUUUGCAACCGAAGGGAAGACUUUAGUCUACUGUACUAUAGCAUAAUGGUCUGCUCAUAUGAUUCGGUUGUAGAGUGGUUCCAUCUUGUCUUUAGUGAAACAUUUAAAAAGUCUAAAUCCUAACACCUCAAGAACUGUUAAGGACUACUUAUACAAUUAUUAGUUACAACAUAAGGAGUAGUACUUUUAUAAAGUGUUCUCAUGGUUAUUAUUAUUUGAAUAGUAACAACUUAAAAAUUCAUAAUUAUUGUUAAGUUUAAUAUGAGUUGUUUAUCAGUAUUUUGUUUAAUUUUUUUAAUGAUAUAACUUUUUAUUGAGAGAAUAACAUAAGACAAACGGCUUUCGAGUUAUAGUCGAAAUCAAAUUCUAGCAACAACCAUAUGUAACUUGUUGAAAUAUGAACUUGUAAGAAAAAUCCUUUUUUUUUUGUUCUUCAAAAUAUUUAUAUGUCGUCAAUUGUAUACUUCGUAUUAUUUUCUUUUUUUUUACUCCUAUAAUAUAUGAUUUCUAAAAUAAAAAUAAAACAAAUUGUAUUUUA